AUGGCUUUGAAAGUGGAUAUUACUAAAGCUUUUGAUACCCUGUCUUGGAAGUUCCUUCUUAGAGUGCUCAAAUCUUUUGGCUUUGGAAAUGUUUUAUGCUCUUGGAUUCACAGUAUUUUGGUUUCAGCUCAGCUUUCUAUUAAUAUUAAUGGCUCUCAGCACGGUUUUUUCAAUUGCACAAGAGGAGUCCGUCAAGGUGAUCUGCUCUCUCCCUUACUAUUCUGCUUAGCCCAAGAUGUUCUUAGUCGUGGAUUAUCUAAUCUUGUCAAUCAAGACUCUCUCUCACUUAUCAAGGCCUCUGAUAUCUAUAGUAUUCCUUCGUAUAUCAUGUAUGCCGACGACAUCCUCCUUCUUUGUAAAGGCAAUAUUAGAAACAUCAAUCUGCUUAAGGAGGUUUUCCUUUCUUAUUUUAUGGCUUCCGGGCAGCUGGUUAAUCCUAAUAAAUCCUUUGUUUAUGCGGGUGCUAUUCCUUCGAAUGUCCUUCAAAGUAUUUUGGAUUUGACUGGUUUCUCUCAAGCUUCCUUCCCUUUCACAUAUCAUGGAGUUCCUCUUUUUAAAGGUAGAGUGAAGGAGGCUUUCUUACAACCCGUGGCGGAUAAAAUAGUGUCCAAGCUUGCUGCUUGGAAAGGCUCGGUGCUCUCUAUAGCUGGUAGAACUACUUUGGUUAAAUCGGUUGUUUAUGGUAUGCUCUCUCACAUUAUGUCCAUCUACUCCUGGCCUAUUGCUCUUCUCAAAUAUCUGGAAAAAUGUAUCCGCAAUUUUAUAUGGAUUGGCUCGGUCGAAAACAGGAAGCUUCUUCAAGUGGCUUGGAAAAAGAUCUGUAAACCUUAUUCUAAUGGUGGCUUAGGUCUCAGAUCUUUAGUCAAGCUUAAUGAAGCUUGUAAUCUUAAAUUGGCUUGGGAUAUGAUUGUCGACAUUAACUUUUGGCUGGACAGCUGGUGCGGGCAGCCGCUAAUUGACAAAUUUUCUCGUGAUUUUCUCCGUUCCAACGACAUUGACACUUCGUCUAAGGUUGCUGAUUUUUUCCUUAAUGGUCAGUGGAGGUUUCCGGCUGGCUGGGGUCUUAUUAUCCCUCUUCUUAUUCUACGAAAUUUUCCUAUUCUGUCUCCUACAGAAGUGGAUAUCUUACAUUGUCCACAUACUGCUUCAGGUGAGAUUUCUUUAAAAGAUGCAUACUGCUACAAAGAUCCUUCUACUCCUAUUUCUUUGACUAAAUCGGUUUGGUCCAGAGAUGUUCCUCCGGCAGAAUCCAUGGUGGUUUGGAAGCUCAUGCUUGAUAAUAUUCCUUCAGACGAUAAGCUAAAGCUCAUAGGCUUACGGUUUGCAUCUAUGUGUUCGCUUUGUAAUAACUAUGAGGAAACUUCCAAUCAUCUUUUCUUCGAAUGCUCCUUUGCUUGUCAUGUUUGGACAUGGUUUUACAAGUCCAUAAAGAUUUCUAAUCUGUCGUCGACUUUGGAAGAUUGGCGGUCUCGGUGCUCUUCUUGGUCAAAACAGUGUGCGGUGGUUCUUAAGGCAGCCAUUAUUUAUAUUAUCUAUUUUGUUUGGGAGGCUAAGAAUUGGGUUCGGUUCAAAAACAUCCAUCCCAACCUUCGGGUCACUAUUCAGGAGAUCCGUAGUCAGACCCAUUUAACAGGUUUGUCUACUUCUGUGGCUUCCUCUUCUUCUAUGGAAUAUUUUUGUAUCCUCAAACAGUUUAAUAUCAAAAUUCGGCCUCCGGAUGCUUCUCGAAUCAUUGAAUUUUUUUGGCAUCCUCCUCCUAUUCGAUGGGUGAAAUGCAACACGGAUGGAGCUUACCUUCCUAAUUCCAUGGCUGCGGGCUGUUGUGGCCUCUUUCGGGAUCACUUAGUUAAUUUCCUUUUAACGUUCGCUAAAUUUGUCCCUUGGCCUUCGUCUACUAUAACGGAGUUUGUAACACCCGUUGAUCCGCUGUCGCACGCGGGUCAAAAACGAGUUAAUCUGUAA